UGAUCACCUGCUUUCAGCCUACUAUCAGUUUGACUAAUCCAAGUCUGCCAUCUGUCAUAUGCAGGGCAGAAGCAGCUUCGAAUACUGCAAUGUUAUGGAUACCAUUAGCAUAGGAGUGCAAGCCAUGGUUUUAAAAUCAAUUUUCUAACCUGAUACUUGCACUAGCAGUGCUGUAUUAUCACUGGCCCCUCCCCUUUCUGUUGAAAAUCACUUGGCUGUUUUAUUUUGUACUUCAGUUUGGAUUAGGCAGAUAUUUUAAAGACAGCGCAACAGAUGAAAAGUUGCAUCUGCUUCCUGGUACCCAUCACGUCAUGUGUUAUAGUUCAAACUCAAUCCAGCGAAGCAGCAAUCGGACCGUGUGAUUUGCAGGAAAAAUACCAGGAUACAGAAGUUAUAGAUAGCAGCUAGAUCUAUAGAUUUAUAGCCUUGCAUUUUCAAAAAUACGUGAAUCUGUAAUGCAAGAGUUAGCCCAGUAACAUUGAAAUGUCUUUGUGAUACUAGUUACAAGAUACAGGACCUAUCAGCUUCAGCUACUGCAGACUACGUUUUCCAACUGUUCAGCUGGACACGAAAAAAAAAAAAAAAUAAUGGAAAACCUGGACAGGCUGAAUCCCUAAAUCUGUAAAGCUGUAGAACAGCUACCUGUAAACAGAAAAAGCAUCUGUAGAUGGGCAUGUUGAUACAACUGACAGCUGGAUCUCUUGCUGGACCUUUGACCAGAGUUACCAUUGCAAAAGAUAAGGAUGGAAAACAGAAAUCAUAUGGCUUUGUUUGCUAUAAGCACAGAGAGGCUGUGCCUUACGCCAUAGCUUUGCUGAAUGGAAUCCGUUUGUACGGAAGACCAAUCAAGCUCCAGUACAGAUUUGGCAGCUCCCGUACAUCUAAUACAGGUAGUUUUUACCCAGGUUCAGACAACAGUCCGUACAGAACUCCUCAAGGCAGUUGUGGGAAUGAUGGUUAUCCUGAGGUUUCUCUGUUCCCAACUCCUCCGUUCACAGCCAACACCUGUGUAUCACAAGAGUACUUCUACUGGCAGCAUAUGGCAUCAGGUUAUGCAGCCCAGCAGUGUUCCUUGGAUUCUCAUAUGGCUCAGCAGCAGUAUUACCUCACUAAUGCAGUGACCCAGCAAGCCACAAUGAUGCCCAUGCCUGUGUUCCAAAGUGCCGUGCAGGACAUCAGAGCUGGCCCCAGUUAUGUUAUCUGGGAGAACCUACAGCAUAAGGGAAAUGAAAUGAAGCAAAAUGAAGGACAGUUGGAAAAUGACAGUGAGAGAAGUAGAGAGAGACGUCAUAAAAAGAGUCGUGUUUCCAAACACGAGUACAGAAAGCAUAAGACCAAGCAGAAAUCAAGCUGAUCUGUUUGGAUUUGCAACUCUGUCUUUAAACACUGCACCUUAUUUUGUAAGGCAUAUGAAAUCUUUAAUGAAUGCACUGUUGUAAUGAAUGAUAUCAAGUUAGACAGCUUGCACAAAGCCAAGUCCAAAAAAUAUUAUUUUUUUUUAAUGUCUUCUUUGACUAACAAAAUGCUUAGAGACCCUGCUUGUAAAUGCAUUUACACCUUUACAUGUCAGCAUGCAAGUGUUUCAAAUGGGUGAAUGGGUUAUCAUCUGUUGUUUUUUUUUUAUAUAUAGAUGACGUUAGUAGGGUGAAUUGUAAUGUUUCACUUUAUUAUUCUUGUAACUCUAUACUUAAGUACAAAUAUAUUGUCACAUCCCAUAUUGAUGGUUUGUUACAUUUUGGCAUUUAAAGAACAUUUGUUUUUAAGAUUUAUUUUUAAAAAAUGUGAAGUUAAUUCAUACAAAUUUGUUUAACCGAUUUGAGGGGAAUACUGUUUUGGCAGUAAAAUAUUCUGUAAAUAAGUUGUUUGUAAUUUGGUGUUACUGGGCAGCAAAUCUAAAGAGAGAGAGAGAGACUGUAGAACAGUAUCCCUGCACAAUAUGCAGGGUGGGGCACAAUGGAUGUAGGAUUCAAUAGAACAGUUGGAUCUGGACCAAUGGCCCUUUAUCCUCAAAGUAUAAAUGAUUAACUUCAGAAAUCCUUUCUAAUCACAUACAUUGUACUGUCAUUCAGUAGAAGAAAACUAAUUUCCUUGGAUUAUGUUAUACAAUUUUUUACAGGAUGCUAUUAUGACUGGGAAUAAUUUGUUUCAACUUGUAUUUUAGAAAUGCAGCUGGAGUGUAUCUGGUUGCAUAAUAUGUAUUGUCAUGGAAAGUGUUUAGCA